ACCACGCCCGUCGCCAUGUGUUUUUAUAGCGUGCAUCAUUGUUGGCAAGCCUGUAUAUGCAACAAAUCGCUAUUCGAGCCUGUCGCUGGUCCAACUUGAACCAUCUCGGAAGAACGACUCCAGCCUCCCUAAUCGCCAUUCUUCAUCGAAGACCCUAUACAAUGCCUCCGAAACGCAAAGCAACCUCGAGCCCGACGUCCGACGCACCUGUGAACAAGAAAUCUGCUUUGCAAGCUCUUAAGCCGUCCGUGAAGCUUGAAGUCAAGACCGAACCCGACACCAACAUCAAGUCGGAUAAUGCGCCAGACUACGAAGACCCAAAACGCGAAGCACUGGAGGAAGACUAUGGCGUGAUACAACGAGAAUUCUACCCGGCUGAAAUGUCGAACGAGAGAUGCGCUCAAUACAAUGCCAAUGAAAUUCCGCGACCGAUAGAGGUGCUCACCCAGGCUGUACAGAAGACGGCAUUCGCGCGCAAGACGAUCGACAUUGGUGAUGCCGUGGUACACUGGUUCAAGCGCGACCUUCGAACGAAAGACAAUCGGGCUCUACACUUGGCCAGUAAGAAGGCAAAGUCGAAGGGUGUACCUUUGAUCUGCUUGUUCAUCGUCAGUCCGCAAGAUUACCAGGCUCAUUUGACUGCUCCCGUGCGCGUCGACUUCGAGCUCAGGACGUUGCAGGUGCUGAAGGAAGACUUGGCCAGGAAAGAUAUCCCUCUGUACGUCGAGACCGUCGAGGUUCGAAAGAAGGCUCCCGGACGCAUCAUCGAGCUGUGUCAGAGCUGGGGCGCCAAGCACAUCUUCUGCAAUAUCGAGUAUGAGGUCGACGAGCUAAGGCGAGAGACCCUCCUGACCAAUUCGUGUCUUGAGCAAGGCAUCGAUUUUCAUGCUGUUCACGACGAUGUUGUAGUACCUCCAGGCAACCUCACAACCGGACAAGGCAAGCAAUAUUCGGUCUACACACCUUGGUACAAAGCCUGGAUCCGACACAUCCAUGAGAAUCCUACUAUUCUGGACGAAUUUGCAGCGCCAGAGCAAAAUCCUGCUUCAGCGCGACAAAAACACGCAGACCUGUUCAAGACACCAAUUCCUCCGGCACCCGAGAACAAGAAACUGAAUGAUGAAGAGAAGGAGCGAUUUAAAGCACUAUGGCCGCCGGGUGAACACGAAGCUCUUGAUCGGCUCAGCAGCUUCCUCAACAAGAAGAUCACAAAUUACAAGGAUGCUCGCAACAUCCCUGCUGCAAACAGCACCGGUGUCAUCUCUGUACACUUGUCGUCAGGCACUCUCGCUGCAAGGACGGCUAUCAGGAGCGCUCGUAACAUAAAUUCUUCCAACAAGUUAGACUCUGGCAACGAAGGCAUCAAAACCUGGAUCUCAGAAGUCGCUUGGCGGGACUUUUACAAGCACGUGUUAGCGCACUGGCCUUAUGUGUGUAUGUCGAAGCCCUUCAAGUACGAAUACACAAAAGUCAGAUGGGAGUACAACGACGAACACUUCGCUCGCUGGUGCGAGGGUAGAACUGGCUUUCCCCUCGUCGACGCUGCGAUCCGUCAGAUGCACUCUAUGGCCUAUAUGCACAACAGAUGUCGCAUGUUGGUAGCAUCAUUUCUGUGUAAAGAUCUCCUCCUAGAUUGGCGUAUUGGGGAGAGGUACUUCAUGGAACACCUUAUAGAUGGUGACUUUGCCUCUAACAACGGUGGUUGGGGAUUCUCGGCAUCGACAGGCGUGGACCCGCAGCCCUACUUCCGCGUCUUCAACCCGUUGCUGCAGAGUGAGAAGUUUGAUGAACAAGGUGAAUAUAUCAGAAAGUGGUUGCCGGAGCUGAAGAACAUCAAGGGUAAAGCGAUACACGAUCCUUAUGGCAGAGGAGCCGGGAAGGAGGCCGAGAAAGCAGGCUAUCCCAGACCGAUGGUCGAUCACAAGGUUUGCAGAGAUCGAUGUCUCGCACGAUACAAAGAGGCACUAGGCAAGAGUACUGCUUGAGAUUAAGCAUACUGCAUAAGUUUAGGGAGUUACUUAGAUACACAUCGGAUGUAGGUUUCCAAAAUUUCAGCCUCCCUGAGCCUCCUGCAAGGACGAGCGUCGAUCACUGCACGUGUCGUUGUCAGAUUCAGCCUCCUAAUGAUCUCAAUACCAUAUAUUUUCUUUUGCCUUGUCACGAAGUCAUUCGAGCAGAAACCAAAGUCUCUUGAUUGGCGAGGGAAUCAGGUCCGCCCAAAAGGCUACUUGCAGCGGUGAAAACCAUCCGACAGAUACGAGUGUUGAGCUUCCGUACGACCUGCGAAAGAUUCGGCUGUAAGAGCGCGUGCAUGCAUGUACUUUCUAGGGG